AUGAUGCAUCAGAUUUACAGCUGCAGCGAUGAAAAUAUAGAAGUUUUCACCACUGUGAUUCCUUCCAAGGUGUCCAGUCCAGCCAGAAGAAGAGUCAAAAGCUCUCAACACCUUUUGACCAAGAAUGUGGUGACCGAGUCGGACCUGCACUCCCCCCGGCCCCUGGAGCGGCUGCCGCACCGCAGUGACCGCCCCGACAGCGAGGGCCGCAGGGCUGGCAGGCUCCAGAGCUCAUGGCAGCAGGGGCUCCACCCUGCCAAGACCCCUGCCAGAGCGGGGGGGAUCGCUGAACCCAAAUCAUCGACUCUGUGUGGCAGUCGAGCCUAUGGAAAGUCUUUCAUUCCUCCGGUGGCCCGGAUCUCAGUGAAGGCCCCCACAGCUGUCCUGGAGGCAGUGGGCACGGGCUCGGAGAACAGAGCUGUCCUGACAAGAGGAUCCAGACAUCCCAAGAAGAAAACUGAAGAGUACCCAACCCUCCCCCAGGGAGCAGAAGCCUCCCUGCCGCUGACAGGGAGCGUGUCCUGCGGCGUUCCCAGCAUCCUCCGGAAAAUAUGGACGAGGCACAAGAAGAAGUCUGAAUACAUGGGAGCUACCAACAGCGCCUUCGAGGCUGACUAAAGGUGACCUUCCCCAGGUGCCUUGAGUUGGCCAACAUUCACUGCACACGGA